UCUGUGUGUGUGCGUGCGUGUACAUAGGGGCGAAAGUUAACGCGAGCUUUGGCUGGCAAUUCGUGGUGACGAAAAGUGACGGAAAAGGUCGGGACCGCGAUAGCACUGGGUUUUGGCCGCAAAUAGUUAAGAAAUAGCUGACGGGAGCGUAGAUUGAAAAGUUCCAUCAACAGCAGAGAAGCAGCAGUGUGUUUGUGUGCGUUAAUGUUUCUUUAGCGACGGAACCUCGGCCGCCUACGAUAAAUUCUCCCGCACAUUCAACACGAGCGUCCGGUGGUCCCCCCGCGUGACAGCAGUGUGCAAAAGUGAAGUUUGAGUCCGUAGACAACCGAGCAGUGGUGGUGGUGGUGUGUUUGGGACGUUGUAGAGAGUUCGGAUCCGGUGGAGCGAGAAAGAGAGAUUAGGUUUAUUAGUUUACUAGUGGCGCGCGCCUGUGACACAUUCCAUUCCUUCCCUCCUUUAUAUACAUACACACUGUUGGACGGGCACAAUACAAUUUGGCCCUACUUACCCGGUGUACAGAAGCAACUAUCUAAAAGUAACCAAACCGGCUCAAACACAGCAACAUCGGAAGCGAUCCAUAUCCUUCGAUAGUGAGAGUAAAAAGUGUGUAACGAAAGGAUAAACUCUACAAAGCAACAAAAUGGGGAACGUGUUCGCUAACCUGUUCAAAGGAUUGUUCGGCAAAAAGGAGAUGAGAAUUCUGAUGGUCGGGUUGGAUGCUGCCGGUAAAACCACGAUCCUGUAUAAACUAAAAUUAGGUGAAAUUGUUACAACGAUUCCUACAAUUGGUUUCAACGUGGAGACUGUAGAGUAUAAAAACAUUAGUUUUACGGUUUGGGACGUUGGCGGCCAGGAUAAGAUUCGGCCCCUGUGGAGGCAUUACUUCCAGAACACACAAGGACUUAUCUUCGUUGUCGAUAGCAAUGACAGAGAGCGUAUCGGCGAGGCCCGGGAAGAACUGAUGCGAAUGUUGGCCGAAGAUGAGCUCAGAGAUGCUGUUCUACUGAUAUUCGCAAACAAACAGGAUCUACCAAACGCGAUGAAUGCGGCAGAAAUCACCGACAAGCUAGGACUACACUCGCUAAGAAACCGCAACUGGUACAUUCAGGCCACCUGUGCAACUAGCGGCGACGGACUGUACGAAGGACUGGACUGGCUUUCCAACCAGCUGAAAAACGCAAACCGCUAAAGUAAGAGGAGUGCAAGCUGCGCCCCUUAGGCUCGCCCGGCGCACGUAAGCAAAUUUAGCUAUUAGCAACAGCAGCAAAAACAACAACUACAAGUAAACUACAAACACACAAAACUGAGAAGCAGAAAACCAACAGGCAACAAACAUCCAUUUGAUGACCGAUGAGAGAAAGGACAUGGAAAGGAAUUAAUAGUAGAGAGAUAGAGCUCAGCGUGUGUGUGUGUGCUCGCGCGCGCACGUGCACGUCGCCGACGUGUGUUGUCGUCAUCCAUCAUACUGUCGUCGCACCUUCCCCCCCGACGACGGCACGAGAGAGCGCUUGAUCGAGUUUAUUCAGGUUUUUUUUUCGGCAAAAGAAAGCAGAAGGAUCAUGGAACAGUAUAAGAAGCUUAUAGUGUGUGCAGGAAGAGAUGCAGAGGGCGGUAGGGCGGUAGUGUAGCGGGACUUUCUUCAGUUCAUCGGAGUGUGGUGGAUGGGUGUUGUGUCGUUGCACUUGCGAGUGGGCUUGUGAGAGCGUGUGUGUGUGUGUGUUUGUGUGUGUACAUGUUAAUGUGUUGGUUAGCUCAUGAGGCAGGAAGAAGCGCAAUAUUUUCCAGUGGAAUGUUUAUUACGCUUCUCUUUUUGUCCUCAAGUGUGGCGGAGAUGUACUUGAAGGAGUAUUUGAGUGCACAAUAGCUACUAUUGAAACAUGAACGACCUAUAUGAUGUCUGGAAAAAAAUAAUCUAAUAAUCAAGCGGAAAGUGGAACAGGUUAGGCUUUGACGCUACGAAAGUACAUACAGAGAAACACUUAACAUUAACACAAUUACACACACACACAUACAUUUACACACUUGCUGCACACGUACACCCAACUUACCCACGGACAGCGAACGGGCAAGACGCGGACACUGAAACUAAGCUUAGAGUGUACGGGCUAGACGAAGGAAGAGCGAGCGAGAAAGGAUAAAAAUGAUUAUUUAACCAGGCAAUGUAACAAUAAGAGAGCGCAUUAUACACAUUAACAUAGACGCAGACAAACACACACACACACACACGUACACACUCACACGAUUGGGAGGAGGUUUUGAUAAGGGCGCGAGAAUAGGCAAUGCGUCGUGUGUGUGUGUGUGUGGCAGGCAGGGUACGAAGGUGUGGAAACAUUUAAAGGAUGAAAUAUAAGCCUCCUCAAAAGUG